UUGAAAAAAUGACCCUCAACUCUUUGAAAGUUCUCCUUGGUCGUGAUGGAGCAAUUGUUGGAGGUAAAAUGUUCCGAAUGCAAGAAGAUCGUGGUACUUUCCAGCACGGCGAAAUUGCCUGCGAGUACAACCUUGCCUUGCCAAGGAAUGAGGCCGAAAACACAGCCCUUCAAAACAUAUUAGAACGGCCUGGUGAAAUGGCAAUUCUGGGAAUCACUUACAAUAAAGCUGAAAACAAGUUUAAGGAUCUGAGCGGCCAGCCCCUAGAAUAUUCCAAAUGGGCUGCAGGACAACCAAAAAUCCUUGAAGGCCAAACCUGUGCGAUGAUAAAGUCAGGUGGCGAGUGGAAAACGGAUGAUUGUAAUAAGGAUUUGUGGGCAAUCAUCUGUGAAUUUAAAAUCUAACAGAUGUUGGGUUGGGGGAAGGAAAAGAAUUCCACCAUAGAGUUGAAAAAGAAAGCUUACUCUGUUUAUCGCACAUACAGUCUAGCAUAUGGCAAGAAAGUCCUAAUCCAAUAGCUUCCCCUGUUUUCAGCAAAGAGAACUGAAGUCAAGUUUUAGUUCGUUGACUUCAGCCUUGUCAUUCCAACGGUAGUUGCCUUCUUCAACUUAAACCAACCACCUUGGAGUCCUUCCUCUGUCCUCCAUUGAAGUAGUGGCCAGAUUUGAUGCUGCUUAGCUUUCACGAUCCAGCAUCAGAUAGACGUUGCCACCUUCCAAGUCUUCUCUAGCUUAGCUUGGGUAGCAAAACUUGCACAGAAAUGUAGUAUCUUAUAGAUCCAUUUUCCACCAU